UUCUUUUAAAUCGUAAAUUUAUUAUAUUAAUUAUACAACAUAUUUAAUAGACCAGAUUGUGUAUGAAAAAUAAAUACAUUGUAUCAUUGAUAAAGUUACAGAUGUCAGGGUGACGAGAGUAGUACGGCGGCGAAUGUUUCAGUCUUUCGAAGUCAACAAUGCUGUGAGGAAGCAUUUUCGUUUUUCUCUCCGUUUCUCGUUUAUCGUUUCAAUUUCAGUGUUUUUGUAUUCGAUUAUUAAUUGCGUGCUAGUCGAUAGGUAAUCAUGUCUCUUGCCGUGAAGCAAUUCCUCGAAUGUUUCCUUACCCAGAAUUAGUGUUUGGAGGUUUGGCAAGAAGGAACAGCAGCUUCGCCGGAGGCUGGAAGUCCUUUUGAAGUGGUUGCAACGGUCCUUGGCAGUCCCUGGGCACCCAGGUGACCUCGUGCGAGGCCAGGGUACCUUCAAGCUGCUAGGACAACCCUAUAGCGAGGAAACUCAUUUACACGCCCGACUCUCGUGAAGAUGUGUUAUCGAUGUCUGAAAAUUUCGGCUACGAAACGAACCGAGCUCUCUUGUUUGUCAAUAUUUUUAUGUAGCGCUCGACUUAAAGCGAUCGCUUGACGACUUUGCUGCGUAUCGUUGACACGCUUUUCAUCCUCGUUCCUGUCAUUUACAGUUCAGCAUCAACGGGUGGAACUGAGGGGUCUAGUCCAGCCUCUAGCCCUGCCUCAGCUACAAGUCUGACCAUGGCUGCUCCAAAGUAUGGUACAUUAGUACCGAAUCGCAUCUUUGUAGGCGGUAUUUCAGCUAAUACCAGCGUAGAAGAACUUGCUCAACUAUUUUCCUCUUAUGGCAAUGUGAAGGCUACAAAAAUUAUUUCUGAUCGAGCAGGUGUCUCUAAAGGUUACGGAUUUGUUACGUUUGAAACAGAAGAAGAAGCCAAAAGACUUCAACAAGAGUCUGAAUGCAUUGUGUUAAGGGAAAGAAAAUUAAACAUAGCACCUGCAAUUAAAAAACAACCUUUUAAUAGAUCUUUCGACGGUGGUUCUGGAUCACCACCUUCUGUGCCUACUAGUAAUUACUACUAUGCAAAUGGUAUGGGUCUUACAUACCAAAAUGGAAUGACAUUUUACAACACACAAGCUCCUACACCGACAACGCCAAUUGCGCCACCAACUGAUCCAACUAUUUAUCAAGCUACAGGAGUGUUUGGACCACAAGCUGCUGGUCAUCAAACUUUUGCGCCUGUGAUGUAUCAGUGUCCUGCUCCAUCUCUCUACAUGCCACAGCAAUAUCAUCAAUACUCACCUAUGCCGUACGACACGUAUUAUCCGGGAGCAGCAGUCGCCGCCGGAGCUUCUCCGUAUUUGCUUGCUACCAGUAACUCGCAAAGCAAUACCAGCGGCGGUAACAACAAUUCAGGAAGCGGUAACAACGGUACAGGGGCAACUAGUCCGCCAACAGGUCCACCGCCGCCGCUUCAGUCUUUGCCUCCGCCUCCAUCGACGCAUUUCUAUACACCUACAGCUCCGCCACCGCAUCAUCAUCCACCGGUGCCUGCAGGUCCUCCUCCGCAGAUGGAUCCCAUUUACUAUCCUUAUCCAGCUGGACCUCACCCACCGCCACCGCCGCACGCACCUAUGAGUUUGACCGAUCAACAGUUAUUGGCUUACGCGGACACUCAGUGCCAACAGACGUCCUCGUCCGAUGGUCCGGCCGCUCCGCAAGAGGAUUCUCGUUCAACAUCGAGCCACUCGGAGCAACCACAUGGUGAAACACAGGCUGCUUCAGGCUCAGCCACACCCCUGGUGUCCUUAAUGCCCGUGAAAUUUCCUAUGUCUGGUCGUUACACGAAUUAUCAUCCGAUUGCGAUACACACAGCUAACUUGUACAGUUCCCAAACAUGCUUGAACGAAACGGACGAUUGCGGUGGCAACCAAAUGCAUUGUAGGGCGAUCGUGUAUCAUCCGGCAGCCGUAUACAUUCCUCACGCUCAUACACCCACGUUUCACAAUGCUUCCGGUGGUAGCAGCCUGUUGCCGACACCGGCUACGGUAUCCCAACAGAUAUUCGAUUCGGCCAACAAGUCACAAUGCUUCGGUUCCAGAGAUUACACGAAAUCCGGAUCGAUGAACGGUCAACACAAUUAUACAAAGUCCCAGAACCAUGGGCUCGCGUUGUCGUCGCAUCAGGGACCGUUCGUUAGAGCUCAAAACAUAGGGAACGCUCAGUCUUACAAGCACACUAACAUAGACGGGAAUUACAAGUACUCGACACAGAUGACCUCGCGAUUCUCCAUGCAAUACAACAAAAAAACACCAGCUGCUGGUUCGAACGUGGGCUCCCCGGCUUGCUAUCUAGCACAAAAGUCUGACAAUUACAGUACAGCUCAAGGCGGUCAGAAAUCCGGUACUUACGCGUUGAACGCGACCGGUCAAUCGUACAGCUGUUCGGGCACCCAGAAGAUGUUCAAUCCGAGUCAAAGUUUCGAUUACGCGAACGCUGCACGUAGAAAUAACAGUAGGAGUAACGUCGACGGUUAUUUGCGUAAACACGGGACGAACAGUUACAGGAACAACGGUUCCGUUGGUCAUACCGAGGGUAAUGGUUCGAGCAAUCAAUCGUCGAACGAUAAUCAGACGAGCAACGUAGACGGUGAUAGUAACAGUUCACAGAGUGUACAGGUAACGGAGAGCAGUAAUACGGAGAAGCCGGUGAGCCCACCGCCAGCACCAUAUUCACCCAUGACACGACCGCUUCCAACUUUGUCACCGCCCAACUCCCAGGUCCAGUUCUAUGCUCCGGCUCAAAAUCGCUACCAGCCAUCCUUAGCCCCGUCUCAACAUCAGCAACAGUCGAGCAACACCAGCCAACGUCGUUACACCAUCCCACCACCUUUGUCCAACGCCAGAAAACCGUCAACGGAGAAGUACACAGGCAGCUCUGGCACCCAGACAGCGAUGCUUAGACAGAGCAAAUACAAGGUGAACGGGAUCAUGCAGACUGGUAACAAGGUGGCCGACGAUAGUCUAGGAGGUGCCGGUGACGCUCCACCGGGUGUUGGCAGGAUGCCUAUCACUCCUCCAGGAACACCCCGUACUCAUUCGGCUCAUCCUGCCGGGGAUCAGAAUCAGCUGAGCGACACGUGCCAUCAGAUGCAAGCUCUCAGCCUUUGAACUCGAUCCUCGAAUUCAUUUUCUUUCUUUCUUUCUUUUCUUUCUUUUUUCUUUUUUUUUUUUUUUUUUCAAAUUCCCUUCCUUCGGUUCUAUCUGUGUACGCGCAUGUACACGGCGUAGCUAGUAGAUAAGAUACGAAUCUUCGAUUCCGAGGCUGGUAUGAUGUAACGUCGAUUCACGGACGAUCUGCAUAUUUGAUUGAAACUACAUUAAACACACAUGUUACACGUACCCAUAUAUGUAUAUAUAUAUAUAUAUAUAUACAUACAUACAUACACACACACGAAUAAUGAACGAAUAGGAUUCUUUUUCUCUUGUGAUCUCAAUUCCAAAUCGAAUAGAAAGAAGGAAAAAUAAUGAGAACAAAAAAGCAACUAGACAAAAAAAUCGAUAUUAUAUUUAAAAUGAAAACUCUUCGGUAAAUUAUCAAACGUACUAAAUUGUUAAGCAUUUAUAAAAGAAUUAUAUUAUAUUAUAUAUUAUAUAUAUACAUAUAUAUAUAUAAGAUAAAGUACGAUAUUUAAAGAUUAUUAUAUUAGUUAUUGAGAAAGAAUGAUAUACACGAUUAAUAUAUAUGUAUAUACAAUAUUAUAUAUAUAUAUAUAUAUAUAUACAUAUUAUAUAAAUCUACUUGUUUAUACGUGUCUACACGUAUACUUAAGUAUAUUAUGUAUAUGUAUAUAUGUAUAUCGAAAAGGACAGAUAUAAAAUUAGUGGUAAAAAAGAAAGAAAUUCAAAGUCAGUUAUGUUAUUGUCUCUUAAUAAGAUUCGAAUGUUAAAGAAAAUGAACAACAAGAAAAAAAUAACGAACGAAGUUAUAUAGAUAUUUAAUAGAUACACACAGAUACGCUACAUUAUUUAACAUCUGUAUGUUUAAUAUAUGCAGUAUUUGACGUUAUGCGCGAUAGGCUCGACAAACCAUUGAAUCUCACGAGCAAGGCUAGAGUAGGAUAGACGGAUAUAUAAGAAGAAGAAGAAGAAAAAAAAAAAAUGAAAAGACGAUAGAACAGAAGAAAACGAGAAAAAGAAGCAACAAAUAACGUUAUUAUCGUACAAAGAGACGAGCGAUUUGUUAUGUGUUCAAAAAGAAGAAGAAAAAAAAAAAUGAUGAAACGAAAGGGGUAAUAGGGAGGCAGAAAUAGAAGUUGAUUUCAUAAAAAAGAGAAAAAAAAACGGUUGCUCAAGGCACUGCCACAUCUCUCACUUUUGAUUUUUCUACCUGAAACAUGGUGAAACAGUACUUAUAGGUUUUGAUUAGAGUAACCGUGAUAACAAUAACAUUUUCACGUCAUUUUCAGACACGUAGCGGACACUUGAUUUAUCUAUUUUUCUUUUGUUUUCCAUAUAUUUUUCUUUUCCUUUGACAAAUUAUCCGCGCGCAAAAAAGGGACAAAAGAAAAUCGUAACAAAAUAGCUGUUACAAAACGAAUUAAAAAAAAAAAAAAGAGAAAAAAAAGAGACGAUUCCCUGUACCCAACAAACGAAUACGAUAAAGAUACCUUAAAAGAACUAUAAAAAUAAAAAAUAUAAAAAAAAAAAGAACAAAAAAAAAGAGUAAUAAUGAAUUAAAUAAAUGUGUCGGCUGUGAGCUUCCAAGCAAAUAACAAUAAUUAAAUUAUUAUAAUAUAAAAAAGGUUAAAUGAUAUUCUACCUAAUUGUUAUGAAUGUGAAUUUCUUUUAUCUAUAAAUGAGAAAUUUGUUAUCUCAUAUCUCGCAUAUUGUAGCUAUUAUUAUCUAUUUAAAAGAAGAAGAAAUAAAAAACGAGGAUACCGGAAAACGAGAACGACACCCGGAAUUUCUGGAGCUGUGAUUUAAAUGUCACGGCAAUGUAGGCGGGGUAAAAAAAAAAAAAAUGAAAAAAGAAAAGACUAUAAAAGAAGCUUAACGAAACAAAGAGAAAUGAUUAAUAAUUAAAGAAGAAAAGAAAAGACGGAGAGACACGACGAGAGAGAGUGAGAGUAGAAAAGAUUAUAUAUUCGAGGAGUAUGUAGUUGGACAGACGACAAAGGCCUAGAACGCAUAGAUUACCCGUGAGUCGUUACGAAGGAAAUUAAUUUAUUGACGAAAAAAGAAAAAAAAAUAAAUAAAAAGAAAAAAAAAGAAAUGCAAGAGUGCCUUCUAUUUGUUUUCGUAAUUGUAUUGUUGAACAUUUGUUGCGUUACGUUCCAAGAGCCUCUAAUGUUGUUAUAAGAAAGAAAAAAAAAAAAGAUGUUUGAAGAAUGUUGUUCCUCUAUUUAUUUAUUGAUUUACUGGCCGAUCACGGCCCACCAGCACCCAGCGAAUUUGAAAGUGUGAAAGCAUGCUGUUAGGAAAAUAAAAGAAAAAAAAAAAGGAAUUCGGGAAUGGAAAUUUAAGGAAGAUUUUUCGAUGGUACACCCAGAGAAACGGAAAAAAAAAAAAUGCAAUGAAAAAUCAUCCUAUCACGGCAUUCGGAGUCGCAUGAGUCCCCCAAUUUUUUUUUUCUCGUAUUGUGGUCGUACAGAGAACGAUAUUAACGUGUAAUCGAAAAUUUAAAAAAAAAAAUAAAAAAAAACCCAGAGCAGCUCGUUUCGGCACCUAUUUCUAUGUAUAAUACACAAGAGGAUAUCUCCAGCAAUAUACAUAUAUAAAUACAUAUAAAUAUAUACAUACAUAUAUAUAUAUAUAUAUUAUAAAUAUUAACGAACGAAGAGAAAUAAAAAAAAAAAUGUAUACCUAAUGGUAUAUAUGAAAUGCGAGUGCGAUAUGGGUGUGUAUUUGGGUGUGCGUGAGCGUGAACUUGGAUUGGUGGCUGUGACUAUUGAGUGCAAGUUUAAAGAAAAGAGGAAGACAGUUUUACCUGUGUAAGCAUACGUGUGUCAGGUGCAUCGAUAAUGUUUCUCGCACGCUACACACGCAUAUGUCAUACACGUAUACAUUACCAAUGCAUACAUACCUACACAUUAUAAUACAUCUAAUAAGAGAGAGGUAAUAACGAUGCAAAGUACGAUUCUAUGUUCAGUUUGGUACCGGUCUAAAUAGAUGAAACCUAUGCUACGGAGCGAAUCAUUUAAUUAUAAUCCAAUGUACUAAAUUCAACGUAGAAUGGUGCUGAUACGAUAUAAAAUGAUAUAAUAUAUACUUUGAAAAGUAUAUUAUAAUAUAAAAGUCUAAGAUAGAUAUUAGAGGGUAUGAGUAGUUCAACAUAGAGAUAUAAUUGAUGUAUAUUAUACACAAGUGGUAAGCGGUAUGCUUUCUACGAUUGUGGAUUAUCGUAUACAUAGAUAGGAUAAUGUUGUACGAUAAAGAAGCACGAGAAGUUUUUGUUAUUACCAGCAGUUACUUGCAUUCAUUGAUUUUGUUUUGUUUCUAAAGUAAUAUUACUUUUAACGCUAUCUGAGUAAGGAACCGUUCAAUGGUUUUAUGUUUAAAAAAAAAAAAAAAAAAAAAAAACAUCUAUUACUUAUGGUAGUUGAAAGUAGUGCAGUAACUGUAAAUCAUAUUUAAACACGUUCAGUUUAUUUCUUCCAUGGGAAGAUCGACAAAACACAUUCCACAAUCUACAAAGCAUGCCUCCUAAAACACAGAAAUUGAUGUAUUAAAAAAAAAAAAA